UUUUCUUUUGGUUUUUUCUAUUGUAAACAAAUUCCUCUAAACCUUGCAAAAAGAUUCUUUUUACGACCGGCGAGUGAGAAUGAACGUCGUAGGAAGACGGAUCGGAAAACAUAAUUCGACGGCGCACCACCAACGACAACACUCCGAUGACUUCAUCCGCUCUGCGUUUAACGGAAAAUGUCUUCAGUCUUCCGAUGUCCGUUCUUCUCAGGAGUUCGAGAUUUAUGGCGGGAAAAGAGUGAGCAAGAAGUCACCGGAGCCGGCGGCACUGCCGAUUUCUUCUAGAUCGUUUAGCUUGAGGAUGAAUGGUGAUAAAUCCGUGUCGCCGGAGCCAGCGGCGGCGGCACCGCCUAUUUCUUCUAGAUCGAUGAGUUUGAGGAUGAACGGUGAUAAAUACGUGGCGUACAGUGAGCUCAGCCCCAGCUUAAUGGAUUUGUAUUCAUUUGAUACUGUGCUACUUCCUGAGGCUUAUAACAUAUAUGAAGGAUACGGGCUUCAUAAAUCUGCUCAAGGUAAAAGUUUUAAUGAUUUCGAACCGUAUCAAUCGACCGACAGAUUUUCAAACAGAGCACGAGGAAUGGCUGAGAAUAACGUUCUAAAAAGCAUCUCUGUAGAUAAAGAAAGAGCUAACAAUGUUGCAAAGAUUAAAGUUGUGGUGCGCAAGAGACCAUUGAAUAAAAAGGAAGUGGCAAAGAAAGAAGAAGAUAUUAUUACUAUACUGUCAAAUUCCAAUGCACUAACAGUUCACGAGAAAAAGCUAAAGGUUGACCUGACAGAAUAUGUUGAAAAGCAUGAGUUUCUUUUUGAUGCUGUGCUGAAUGAAGAUGUUAGCAAUGAGAAGGUGUAUUCCGAGAGUGUUGAGCCGAUAGUUCCACUAAUUUUCAAUCGAACAAAAGCUACUUGUUUUGCAUAUGGCCAAACAGGCAAUGGAAAGACGUAUACUAUGCAACCACUGCCUCUAAAAGCAUCACAAGAUAUAUUAAGAUUAAUGUAUCAUUCAUAUAGGAACCAAGGUUUCCAACUCUUUGUUAGUUUCUUCGAGAUAUAUGGCGGGAAAGUCUUCGAUCUCCUUAAUGAUCGGAGAAAACUUUUCAUGAGAGAAGAUGGUAAACAACAGGUAUGUAUUGUAGGUUUGCAAGAGUACAAGGUAUUAGAUGUUGAAACGAUCAAAGAGUUAAUCGAGAGAGGUAAUGCGACUAGAAGUACCGGCACCACGGGAGCGAACGAAGAAUCCUCGAGGUCGCAUGCAAUUCUUCAGCUUGCCAUCAAGAGAUCAGCUGAUGGGAGUGAAAAGAAACCGGCUAAACUUGUGGGGAAGCUUUCUUUUAUCGACCUUGCUGGAAGCGAGCGCGGUGCUGAUACGACUGAUAACGACAAACAGACGAGAAUGGAAGGAGCUGAAAUUAAUAAAAGUUUACUUGCUUUAAAAGAAUGCAUUAGAGCUCUUGAUAAUGAUCACGGACACAUUCCUUUCAGAGGAAGUAAGCUGACUGAAGUUCUUAGAGAUUCAUUUGUUGGCGACUCGCGUACCGUUAUGAUAUCAUGUAUUUCACCAAGCUCAGGGUCGUGUGAACAUACCUUGAAUACACUCAGAUAUGCUGAUCGGGUGAAGAGCCUAUCGAAAGGGAACAAUGCCGCCAAGAAGGAUUCGCUAUCUUCAUCUUCGAAUCUUCGGGACUCGACUGCAUUGCCCUUGGCUUCAUCUUUACCGACUGAUUCCUUUGAGGACAUUAUACCUGAUAACAAACCUCGAUGGUCUGACCGGAUUGAAAGAGAUACGUCUCCUUUUAAAGUCGACCGUGUUCCUAGUGGAAGGGUAGAAGGAAAUGUGUCCGUAGCAUAUCCGGAUUAUUACAUGGGUCAGAAAAGUGGUCUGAACAGAAUGGCCGAGGAUAAUUUGGAUCACUCUGAGGAGACUAAUUCAGAUGAUGAUCUAAAUGCCCUGCUGAAGGAAGAGGAAGACCUCGUAUCCGCUCAUCGAAGGCAAGUGGAGCACACAAUAGAGAUUGUUCGAGAGGAGAUGAAUCUGCUAGUUGAAGCUGACCAACCAGGCAAUCAGUUGGAUAACUAUAUCUCUAAAUUAAGUGCCAUUCUUUCACAGAAGGCUGCAGGCAUUUUACAAUUGCAGAACCGAUUGGCUCGGUUCCAAAAGCGUUUAAACGAAUACAACGUUUUAAUAUCUUCCGGCAUUUGAUUUAACCGGCCAAAAAAUGGGCUCGUGAAAUUCACUGAUGCAUUUGUGGAGCUCAACUGGAACCAAUUCGGCGUGGAUUCGGCCCGACAUUGAUGACCUCACAAUACCUUAUCAGAGUGGAUGAUGACUGGGACGAGUUGAAUCUUUGUUUCUGACUCCAUUUUUUAUGCUUCAAGUUAAACAACUGGUGUAAUAUCUUGAUUUACAUAUAUACACACAUACAUGUAAGUACACUAUUGAAAUAUGUAAAAUUUUCUGCAGCAGAAACACCUUGUUUUGUGUUUUCAAGCUUCUCCUUGCAUAACAUUAUAUGACAUUUUCGUUUUGCUUGAAGUGUUUGUAUUCGACAUUUAUGUUGAACUAUGUAUAUUUGGAUAUGAAUGUGAAAUAUUUAUGUCAAGCAUUUGAUUAUUAGCACA